AAACGCCGUGACUCAUUUUACCGAUUUCACACGUGUUUCAGUGAGCGCACAUUUCAUUUUCAGUUCUUUGCGAAAUUUUCACAGCUAAAAUGGCCGAUGUUGCUGAAACCCCGAGUGUGGAAACCCAGGAGGAGGUAGCACAGCCCGCCGAGGCACAGGUGCUGGAAGCAAAGAACGGCGACGCCAAGGAGGACCCGGCUCCCGCAGCAGAGGAAGCCGCUGGCGGCAUCUCCAAACAGGAGCGGGCCAUAAUCCGGCAGGUAGAGUACUACUUCGGCGAUGCCAAUCUGAAUCGGGACAAGUUUCUGCGCGAGCAGAUCGGCAAGAACGAGGACGGCUGGGUGCCCCUGUCGGUGCUCGUUACCUUCAAGAGAUUGGCCUCUCUGUCCACGGACUUAUCCGAGAUCGUGGCUGCCCUGAAUAAAUCCGAGGAGGGGCUCGUGGAGAUUAGCGAAGACAAACUCAGCCUGCGUCGCCAUCCAGAGCGUCCCAUUCCAGAGCACAACGAAGAGCGGCGCAAGGAGAUCCAGGAACGGACCGCCUACGCCAAGGGCUUCCCACUAGAUUCGCAGAUUAGCGAACUGCUCGACUUUGCAGGCAACUACGACAAAGUGGUCAACCUGACCAUGCGCAAGCACUACGACAAGCCCACCAAGUCGUACAAGUUCAAGGGCAGCAUCUUCCUUACCUUCGAGACCAAGGACCAGGCAAAGGCCUUCCUCGAACAGGAGAAGAUCGUUUAUAAGGAGCGCGAGCUGCUGCGUAAGUGGCAGGUGGACUACCUUAAGGAGAAGCAGGAAGAAUACGCCCAGAAGAACGAGAAGCGCAAAAACAAGAAGGAAACCAAGCCUGAGCCGGCCUUCGAGCUGCCCAAGAACGCCAUUGUUGUCUUCGAGGGCGCUCCGGAGACCUCUAGCCGCGAGGAGAUACGCGAAGCCUUCGAGAAGAUCAAGGACUUCGAUGUGGCCUACAUUGAGUUCGCCAAGGGCGAAACCAAGGGCUCUGUGCGGCUGACCGAGGCCGAUGCGGCCGAAAAAUACAUUGCCAAGGUGGAGGAAGGCAAGCUCAAGUUCAACGAUGAGGUCUCUCUGUCGCUGCGAAAGGCCACCGAGGAGGAGGAGAAGGAGUUCAUCGACAAGGCCAUCGAGUUCAUGAAGAAGCGACGCGAUUUCACCAGGAACAAGGGCAAGCGCUUCAAUCGCAAGCGCCACGGCGGAAACGACCACAAACAUGGCGGCGGUAAGAAGGCGCGUGGGGAUUAACUCAUCCUCCUGUAUUCCGCCACCCGAGUCCCUUUGUCGCAGUAGACCAAGCUUAAUUGUUACUCGGUAGAUCUAGUUGACCUAGCUUUAAGGCUUAUAACAUAUAUAACACUUGCUUUCUCUUAGUUUUCAAAAUAAUCGCUACAGGUACAGAAUAUUUUUCAAAUAUGUAUGUGUAGUCUGUUACCUAAAUAACGAGAUGGAAGAAUCCAUCUGUUUCACUCAGAAGAAAGCUAAGCUACAAAUAAAGACCACUGUGUAAAAACUGAA